AGUCCCCGUUCGGCGGGGGCGGUGCUGGCGUUCAGCUGCCUCUGGUGGAGACCCCGGUUGCUCUUUGCAGCACUUCAGAGCCCAGGGCGGCCGGCCGGGGGGCUGCCCCGCGCACGGGAUCUCUAACACGGCAGCGGCUGCUUGAACACAGCCCCUUGGUGCCGCUCACAGGCCCCGGAAUAGCAAAGCCCUCCCGCGCGGGCCGGGGAGGCGGCGCCCGGGCUCGGUUUCCGGCGGCGCCGCACGUGUCCCGGGGUCGGGCCGGGCCGGGGCCGAUCGGCUCCCGCGGCCGCGCAUGGGGGAGAGCGGCGCGCUGGGCUGGCGCGCGGGGCUGGCGGCGCUGGUGCUCGGAGCCGGCGCCUGCUAUGGCCUGGCCCGGCUAGCCAGGAGCGGCGGGGCGGCCGCGGCCCCCAGGGGCACCUCCGGCCGGGGCGGUGCGUGCGAGCGGCGCUCGGAUGGUGAUCUUCCAAAAUCAACCGAUAGCCUGGAUGCAAACCAUCUACAGAAACUUAUUCAACUGCUAGAGUCUACAGAUGAUCCAUUGAUUCAAGAGCAAAUAUUGGUGACUUUGAGCAACAGUGCUGCCUUCUCUGUAAAUCAAGAUAUAAUUCGAAACUUGGAUGGCCUUUCUGUUAUUGGAAAAAUGGUCUCAGAUAGCAUCCCCAAAGUUAAAGAAAAAGCACUGAAUGCACUCAAUAACUUGAGUAUGAAUGUUAAAAAUCAGGAAGAGUUAAAGGAAUACAUUGUACAUGUCUGUAGAGAGAUUGAGUCAUCGCCCUUGGACUCUGAACUGCAACUAGCUGGACUCAGAUUGUUAACAAAUAUGUCUGUUACCAAUAACUACCAUCCUAUGAUGACACGUUCAAUUCCAUAUUUUUUUCAUUUGCUUUCAGAAGGAAAUGAAAGGACGCAGAUUCAAGUUCUGAAAGUACUUGUGAACUUAUCUGCAAACCCAGCCAUGACAAGACAUCUUCUUAGUUCUCAAGCACCAUCGUUGCUUUCCCUUUUUGACAACUUCAUAAACAAAGAUGUUCUGCUUCGAGCCUUGGUGUUUGUCACAAAUUUGAACAAGAACAUGAAAAAUGCCAGGGGAGCCACUAUCCAGGAUCAAUACAAUGAAGAUUCAAUUUUUUCUACGCUCUUUGGGGAUUCUACCCAGUAUGCUCAAAAAUUGGCCUCUUUAUUGCAUCAUCCGGAUACAGAAGUGAAAGAACAAGUUGUUAAAAUAAUAACACAACAGUGAAAUGUUAAAGAGACUAAUCUGAUCAAAAGUUAAUGUUUAUAUUCAGUUUUAGGAUGAAUUUUCUUUCAUGAAAGAAUGAAGUAUAACCUACUGAGCACUACUAUAUUACUGUAAGCAUGACAGUUGCCCUCAAAAGAAUCUCAAUGCAAUAAUAUAUCAUGUGUUAGAUUUGCUAUUGGAAGGACUCUAAAAUAACUGUUUGUUUUGCACUGGCAAAGCACCACAUAAAAAUGAGUAUGCAUAUAUGAUGGAGCAAAGGCCCCUUGGGGAAUGGAAACUGGAGUUCUGAAACACUAAGCUCAAAUUUUUAAAGAAAACGUAAAACUUAGUAUUAUCUCCUAAUGUUGAAAGCAGGUUUUUUCAUCAUUUUCCCAUACAUAGAUUUACGAUCUAUUAUUAUUAUUAUUUAAAAAUUAAUUCUAGGCUAUAAUCUAUUAAAGUUUCUCAGCCUGGAGUUUUAUUAAAUGUCUAAACUAAUCCUUUAAAAAAAUAAUGUUUUAUGUAAUUAUAUUAACUUCAAUAUACAUAUGCAGGAAUCUUUUUUGGAGCAUCCAAGUAAAAUUAGUGGCCAAACUAUAAUUUGAAUGGAAGCAUAAAUUUAAAAUUAACUCAUAUGAUGUAAAACAUUUAAGGAACAUUUUUAAAACAUCAAAAACAAACUAGUAGCUUAUAAGCAUUUUCCCCUCUUAGUUUCAGAGUGAAAUUAGUUAAUAUAAAACAAAGCACAUAAAAACACUUUGCUGUAUCCCAUUUCAAUCUAAUUAAACUGCAGUGCAGCCAAAACAAGAAAACAGGCUUUAACUGUUAAUAAAAAGCAAAACAGCAAUUCAAAUGGAAAAGUAUUUGUAUGUUUGUUUGGUUUUUAAUGUUACAAGAUAUUUAUUUUGACUGGGUUUAUAUUGAAGAUUAACUAGAGGUGUAUGAAUUUUUUUGCCAACAUCUUGACCAUAACAAUAGUACUUUAUUUUUUUUUUUUUACCAAUUAAAAUUGUAUUUUGUUAUCUUUUA